UACCAGUCUCAGCAUCGCUCAGUUCCUGCAGGAGGCUGCAGCUCCAUCACACCAGGAUCUCCACUGGCACCGAUGACCAGAUAUGAUCUACCCACUUCCCAGUCAACCCAUUUCACUCUGAGCUGGGAUCUCUUUCUGUUUGUUUGCAUGGAUGAUAACAGCAUACCGCAUAUUGAUGGAUUUCUCAUACCACAACUAAUUUGACUCAAACCCGGGAUUGGUGGGGGGAAAGAGAGAAAAGACAAAAAAAGGGGGGGGUGACUCCAAGUGGUUUCCAGCGGGGUUUCUUUAGGUUUAUGGAAGCUGCAGUUCAGCCUGCUUUGGACAUGGGACCGUGCGUCAGCCGAGAGGGAUCCGGUGCCGGAGGAAGAACAUAUUCCUGAAGGAGGAAAAGCCCGUGUGCGGGAGUUUUUUAAUUUCUGUCUUUUUGCCACCGGGGAGGGGGAGCUGUGGGUUUUACGCGCCGGAAUGAUGUGUCCCAACCGCGGCUUCAUCUUACUCCUCCUCAACGGAACUGCUUGUUUGGUGGCCCUGGGUCAAGAAGACGACUCCUCCAGCCCCAAGAGCUCUUCAGACGACUCCUCCAAGACAGUGGGCCUCCUGAGCGGGCAGGCUCCCCUCUCACCCCUGAGCCGCUGGAUGCUUCACAGUAAGAGCAGAGCUGCUAACACCACCUCUCUAGAGCUGCCCUACCGCUCCCCGGUCCCUUUCUCCAAGCAGGAGUUUUCGAAACAGGAGUUCUGGGAGAUGUUGGGCAGUGACCUGCUUAAACCCGACGCCUCCAGCUCCAGGGUCAAACGGCGGCCCAUCGUUAAAACCGGCAAGUUUAAGAAGAUGUUCGGCUGGGGAGACUUCUACUCCAACAUCAAGACGGUGAGGCUCAACCUGCUGAUCACCGGCAAGAUUGUGGACCACGGUAACGGCACGUUCAGCGUCUACUUCCGCCACAACUCCACGGGCCAAGGCAACAUCUCAGUCAGCCUGGUGCCACCUGUCAAGGCUGUGGAGUUUGACCUGGAGCGCCAGAGCGUGGUCUACCCCAAGGACUCAAAGAUCUUCAACUGCCGUGUGGACUAUGAGAAGGUGGAUCGCAGCAAGCGCACCUCGCUGUGCAACUAUGACCCGUCCAAGACCUGCUUCCAGGAGCAGAUUCAGAGCCACGUGUCUUGGAUUUGCUCCAAGCCUUUCAAGGUCAUCUGUAUCUACAUUUCCUUCUACAGUACGGACUACCGCCUGGUCCAGAAGGUUUGCCCGGACUACAACUACCAUAACGAGAUGCCCUACCUGCCCUCGGGCUAGACGAC